CGGAAGUCUACAGUAUAAGGGGAUUCCCCGAGGGAAGUUCCCAACUCAACUAGGCUAUGUAAAACAUACAUAGCCAUAUCCUCUCCAGCGCUUCGUAACUUUGCAUCUCAAGAUUAGGCGACGACGCUGCGGUAGUGUCAAAACAAUAAAUUCGACUUCAACAGUUACUCGAAUGAAGUCUCACUUGUAGGGCUCAUGUGUGCUGUGUCAGUGAUGAUUGUGGAGCACAAGGCAUGGAAAGGAACAUCGGCGACCAGCUCAAUAAAGCAUUUGAAGCUUAUCGUCAGGUCUCCAUCGAAAAGGACAAUGCUAAAAAGAAGUUGCAGCAAGUGACUGAAUAUUAUGAGCAAUACACUCGAGACCUUCAAAAGCAGAUAGAAGAUCAACAGCAGUUGAUUUCAGAACUUGAAGCAAAGUUGUCAGCAACGAGGCAACCAUCAGGAGAAAUGAAAUGUGAACCGUGUAGUCUUCUCCUUGACGGGGCCAGCACUUAUAGGAAAUUACACCCGGAGAGUAUAGGCUCUGUUGCUGUUGCUCCUAAUUUGCCAGUCAACAGCAGCGUCGACUAUCAGGACAUGGUGGAAGCAUUUGAAGAGAUUGAAGGGAAAUUUCGACAGAUCCGCUCUUUAACCAAAAGACAAAAAGAUCACUUAAAAAGAUUCCACGGAGGAAGUGAUACAUCAAAUGAUCAGCGGUUCUCCAUGCCCAUCCAGUGCACAGACCGUACCGCAGAUUCAGAGGCACCCUUUUCCUCAGCUCUAAGGCCACAGGUGGAUAAUUCUCUCGUGUCUACCUCUCUGGCAUCCCGUGGUGCCAGCCAGGAGGACAAGGACUUGGUAGAAUCUCUCACCAAACUCAGUGUCAAAUUCCCGCCCUCUGCGGACAGUGAAUAUGACUUCCUGAACAGUGCUCCAGAUAGACAGAUUGGGCUGACCAUGCCUGUGCAGCGGCCUCUCAGUAGUGUCUCCUCCACGCUGACAGAGGAGGAGUCCGUGCCUUUUGUCUACGCUAACUCCCCCUCCCACACAACAUCAUCUACACUCUCCCAGGAGAGCGUGCGGGGACCCCAGCAGCCUGUCUGGAGACCUAAGCUGUGUGAUGCAGCUGAUAUGAGGACAGAGCUGGGGACACCUCAGAGCAGCACUCGUGAAUGUGCUUUCUGCAAUGCUGUGGUUCCUCCGGACCAAAUGAACAGCCACCUCUACUCGCAUUUCUCUCUUAAGAAUGACGCCGACAAGUGACAGUAGAAGCAGAGACUGAUGGGGAAAAGCCACAACUGUUUCAAGACUUUACUGUUUUCAUGGUCUAGUUGUGCCUGCCAUGAAGUACAAGCGCUGUACUGGAUUUCAAAUGACACUGCAAUGAGACUUGAAUUCAUUUAUUUAAUACUGAAGAAUUAAAUGGUACAUUUUCUUGCCCAUUAUAUUUUUCUAAAAUCCCACUGAGAUUUUACAGUGAUGCGUAUGAUAUAUGUGAGCAAAUAAACACAUUAGACUCACAAUAUAUUUUUUUUUAAUCAUUUGAAUUGAUUUCAACAUGCAAAUAUACAAUAUUAAUAUAUAAUAUAUAGACUGCUAUGUUGGAAAAUGUAUCCAUACAUAAGAAAGAGUGGGUAUGAUAGCACGCACACCUUUCCCCCUUUUAUUUUGGGUUUUGGAUCUCACGGAAUAACAAUAUAUUAUGUAUUAGAAAUGCCAAUAAUUACUCAAACAUUAAUUAUCUCUGGAAUGGUGAACAUGGUGGUUAGCACUAUCUUCAGGGUAAUUCUCAUCAUUCCUCCACAUUUUAUAAUUAAGGCAGAAUAAUAUGAAGCAGCUGUUUAUUUCGGUGUAGAGACAUUUCCAUCUUUCAAAUACUUUUAUAACCAUGUGUUUAUUAAGAUUGUCUACACAGAUACUCUCGUUCAAUUAGAUGGCAAAUUACCCUGCUAUCUGUAUGCUUAUUGUUUUAUUACAGGCAAUAUUUAACUGAUUAUAUGCGCACGUUUAUUUUAAUGGCUAUAGGAACAUGAUAUGACUCUUCUUUCAUUUCAACUGUGCUAUUCAAAGUAAUAAAAUGACUGAAGAUGUGCCAGUUUUAAAUUACAUUACACUACUACACUGCUACGCUGUGAAACUACUGGAAAACAAUGGCAGUUUCUUGAUAUGUUAGAAGAGUGAACAAGGAUGCAGGUAUUUUGUAAACACCGUCCUCAGAUUUUACAGUGUGUACCUUAAACCUGAAUUAUUUUUAAACAGCAGCAUCGUCUUAUGACUUCCGCAGCAUUUAUUCACACCUUUGCAAAGAUUGCAGUGAUUUUCACCAUUCAGUGUGAUGAUGUUUGAGAAAACGGGGACACUGUGUUGGAACACUUUGUUGUGCAGUGAGGCCCUUGCAGACCUUCAGCUUUGGGUUGGUAACACUUGUGCUGGAUAGAUGAGCUGGUGUGAAGACUGCAACAUUUUUUUUUUUUACUCUCUUUACAAGUGCUGAAUAUUAUAACUCAAGUGAGUUA